UUAAUGAAUAGGUUCUAUUCCCAUACAGGUAUGCAAUUCACACACCUUAUAGAGCAGGUGGAGUAAAGACGGGUUUAGCGCGACGCGAAUUUGCGGUUAGAUCGGCUUUAUUUCUACGGUAACUCUAGAUACAGAGAUUGAAUACGUUAAAAAAGCUAAUUUGUGAUAAUUAAUACCGGAUAAAGCGACCGCUAGUAAUGUUUCUAUUGGUUGAAAAGUGUUGGGAAUUUCGAUAAAGAUAUUAAUACACGCGACGUAAAGAAAUCUCAGUUGAAAAUAGAGACAGCGAAGCGCGCGGAACAUGUGACAAACAUUCUUCGGACAUAACUAAAUAUAUCAUCCCAAUAUUUGUGUAAGUGGUUUGAACGAGUGGUGAAGUCUAAACAAGUGACAUUUGUGUACUAGACGGACAUUAAACUUUUUUAGAAAGCAAAAAAGAUGGGUCAAAUGGAUGGUAUAUCUGAUACAGAGGUGAAGACGAAAAUCGUCGUCGUCGGGGAUUGUGGAUGCGGCAAGACGACGAUGAUCAAACGUUACGUGAGCAACACAUUCGUUGAGGCGUACACCCCAACCGGAUUCGACACGUACAACGCCACCUAUCAGGCGUCAGCGGCGUAUAAAGUCCACCUAUCAAUCUGGGACACGUCAGGCAACUCAUCGUAUGACCGUGUUCGUCCGGUGUCAUAUACUGGUGCAGACCUAGUGCUCGCGUGUUUCUCUAUCGUAAACCCAGACUCGCUUCAUAACAUUGUGACAAAGUGGCUUCCAGAGAUCAAGGAACACUGCCCCACCGCCCCGAUCAUUGUCGUCGGCUUAGGGUCGGACUUGAGGACGGACGAACAGACGCUUGCUAAACUCGCGCGGCGAAACACCACCCCUAUCACAUAUGAACAAGGACUCAAGGCAGCGAAAGAUAUAGACGCGCUCGUGUAUUCGGAAACUUCCUCAAAAACAUCCGAGAGCAGCGUUCGUGACGUCAUGGAGGUCGCAGCUUUGUCGUCCAUGGGAACAAAGGCUAGAACCGCUCAGGCGAGCGAAAGCGCGGAAAAGCGCAAAUCAAUGAAGAAAAAGAAGACGAAAAGUAUGGGAGAGGCGAAAGACAAGAUUAAAACCAAAAAGGAGUCGGACAAAGGUUGUUCCAUUAUGUGAUAACGCUAUCAGACAGUUGUGACGUUGGUGCAAACUUUGGUUUCGUCAUCAGUGCCGUCAUCAUUGAUUUCACGGUUGCUAGGGAAACCUGUGGCUGUCGUGUGAUCGACUGCUUAGAUUCUUACACGAGGAACAGCUUAGACGAGAGAUAAAGGCGAGAAAGGAGAUGCGAAAUGAAAAAAAUGCAUUUGAAACAAAGCAUUUGACAUUCUUAUGCGAGACAUUGUCGCUGGAUAUGGUUUGUUUGAUGUUCAUAGACCUGAAAGAGGGUCUUUUGAUUGUAGAUUUAUGCCGAGUGCGACUUGUAUAAAUUGUAACAGACAAAACGUGACUGAUAUUUAUGUCAGAUCUGAUUUUCAUUAGAUCUUUAUUCGACAUGGUUCAUUCCAUGAAUAUAUCUGUUUGCAGACACCUGUGCGUCUGCGCCAGCAAAUUAGUUUUCAAAAAUACAUUACGGGGGCGUCCGCUUAUUUUCUGCCCGGUCCAUUCCCAUCAUUUAGCAAAGAUGGCUUUGCAUAUUUGAAAAUAGAACAUAGAAAAUAGAACACAUGGGCUCAAUCCCAUUUCCUGCAUAAACAGUUCAACUCAAAAAACAGUUAAAUCGACUGAAGGAAAAGUGCAACUUUCGCGUGAUAAAUUAACGCGAUCGGGUGAAGUGUUCAAGCAGAAAAUGUACAUAAAAAGUGAUUGUGUAGUAUUAAAGUGUUUGGGUGUCGCUAGUUGGUUGAUUUAUUAUUUGUUUAAGGCUAUUUAUAUAGGAUUUAGUGUUAUUUAUGUGUAGAGUUCGUUUUUUAAUCGCUUAAUGAAAACUACGAAACAACCGCUGGGUCUGUUGAAAUGAUUUGCAUUAAAACGUAAUGAAUAUUUAGUUGAUAGUUAAAAAUAAACGAGCAAAAUAGUCCAGUGAAAGAAACAAACGCAUGUUGUUCCACUGGAAGAAAUUCUGCAAUAUUAGGUUGUAGUGAUUUGUCAAUUUAUUACUUAAUUUUUAGUGCAGUAGCUUUAUAGCCAUAAAUAAAUAUAUGUUAAUCUUCAGAACAACGAAAACAUGAUAAUAUUUUUUGGCAGAGAUUGUGUUACAUUUAUAAACGAUUGACUCCCAACGUUUGUUGUUUGAUUUUAGGGCUUAAUUCUAUUUAUUGCAUAUGCUAAGUGAUUAAUAGUCUUGAUCAUGUGAGGGCGAUUUGUCAAUAAACCCCAUAAUUUUACUUGAGACACGUUUUCCUUAAAUGCUUAAUUUUGAAAUUGUAUUACGAAAUACAUCAGCGGAUUUUUUUCUCCCAAAUUAGUUGGUAUUUGUUUUGAAGUUACUGUUGACUUAACUGGUUAUUUAUUUUGUCACGAUAAAUCAUUAUAAUAAAUGUUGGUAUGUAUGAGUAAUUAUAUGAAGACCACAUUGUAAAAAAGAAAUAAUUUCUUAAUGUGAAUUCUUCAUGAAAUAAAGUUAUUAUUAUAUUAUUAUAUUAUCAUCAGUAACUUAACUUUUGUUUAUAUCUAUAUAGUUAAUUUUAAUUUUACAACUUUUAUGUCAUCUUUUUGUCUUCUAAAACUUCACCAGAAAGCAACGAUUUUUGUCACUAUUCAUAUUUAAUACUUCUGUAUAUUGUAUUAUUGUUUCUUUAACUUUUAGUGCGAACAUUUUGGUUGUCAUGUUCGACUAUUUCCGUUCUUUUAGUGUAUGCUAGCUCGGUAACUUUUUGUUCGUUUGAGCAACGCAAAUAUAAUCAAACUAUGUUAGAUUAAAAUGCUCGUGUCGUCCGCUAUGGUGUGAACAAGUGAAUUUUGAGAACGUGUAUUUAAGUGUAUAUGUUGUGAAAAUGUUUUCAAGUGUAACCUUAAAAAGAUAGCGUGCAACCUUUUUAGUGUGUCAAUGCAAAUUGUGCAAUAACUUGAAACUUUGCCCUGUGUUAUAUGAACAUGCAUUUGUUGUAAAUAUCUCAUUUUGUUUUCAUUACUUAUUUAAUACCGAAAAAAGUAUUAUCAAGCGUUUGUGGCUGCAGUUAUGCAACGUGAGCCUUUGAGCAAAAACCUUUUUUGAAGUCCGCAAACAUUCCUAAAAUGUUUGAAGAAAUCAGAAAAAAAUCCCAAAGGUUUAUAUGCAGAUAUAGAAUUUAUGCCUUUUUGCCGUUUGUAUAUAUGCAAUUAUUUUGCAAAUAUACCUUUUUUGCUUAUUUUGAUCAAAAAUGUAUAAAAAAACUUACAAAAAAAGAAACAUAAUGUCUGUGAUAUGAAUAAAAUUACAGAAAAUAA